CCCUGUCCUUCAAACCUCAGUGCCCCUGAAUGGAUGGAUCGCUUCAGCCCAGACGUCCUGAGAAGCCACUCUCCUUGCUCCCCCCGCUCCCCCCACUCCUCCCGCUUCUCCUUCUCCCCGUGCCGUCCCCUUUCACCCAUCUGCCCCGGCUCCCCCGACUUUCCCCACUCGCCGCACCUUCUGGCUCCCUCCGUGACGAAGACCACCCCCUGCAGCCACGACGAAGGCUGCCCGUGGAUGAUGGGGCUCCUCGGAGGAGGCAUGACCUGGAUUGGCUCUGUGGCGGAGCUCUGCCAGGGAGCAGUCAUGCAUGCCGCAGAGCUGCUGGACGCCGAGGGCAGCUCCCUCGCUCUGGUGAGGAAGGACUGUGGAGGAAGGAGCAACUUGGAGGAAGUGAUCGGUCUCACAUCCCUCUACAGCCAUGCUCAUCUCGACUUGGUGAAAGGCCUCAUGGGAUGCGUGCUGACUACAGGCUCACCAGUCAACCUGAGAGAUGCAUCUGAGGACCCAAGAUUCAGCAUAGAUAAUCAAACAUCAAAGAUCAGUGCUGUUUUGACUGUUCCUAUCAAGAGCCACAGUAGAGAGGUGGUUGGUGUUGUGGUCAUGAUCAACAAGAAAAACAGCUGUGAUGGAUCACUGUCAGCUUUUACCAACAAAGAUGAAAAGGUGCUUUCCAGUCAUAUGGAUAUGCUGGGAAUGAUCCUGGAUAACAUCCAGUUGUAUGAAAGCUCAAGACAAGAGGCCAAACGCAGCCAGGCCCUGAUCGAGAUGGCUCAGGUUUUAUCGAAGGAGCACCACUCCUUUGAGGUUCUGCUGAGUAAAAUGGCCGCCACCAUCAUGCCCUUCACACACGCUCAGUAUUGCACCAUCUUUAUACCCAGUGACCGACCUUCAGCCAUGGGAGAGAAGAUUUCAUUCUCAAGAGUGAUCCACCUGGAGUGUGAGGAGCUCGGAUCGUCCUGCCAGAUCUACAGACGGUAUGACCUGCUCACUGUGCAAGUUUUUAUGUAUCAUUCACUUUAAAUGACUUCCGGUAUUUAAUGUUUUUCCACAACAAUGCAUGAUCUUUUCAGGGAGCGUGAUAUCAGAGAUAUCGACUCAUCGUAUGCCGCUCAAACACUGAUGGCCAUGAAAACACUUAAUAUGUCAACGAGCUCAGAGGAAUCGAUUAGUAGUCUCAUCUGCUGCCCUGUCAGGAAUGAGAGAUCGGAGAAUGUUAUCGCUGUGUGUCAACUGAUGAACAAGCAAAGCAGAGAAUCAGAUGAGUUGGAGGCUUUUAACCGUUAUGAUGAGCGCCUGCUGGAGGACCUGGCCAUGUACUGCGGCCUGGCUCUGCAGUACGCCCAGGCUGUGCAGAUGACUGAAGAGCGGAGGGCCAGUAUCGAAGUCACACAGGAGGUUCUUGCUUACCAUAUCACGGCAACAGAGCAGGAAAUCCAGGCGCUGCAGGAGGCGACUAUUCCAUCAGCUGAAUCACUGCAUAUUUUCGAUUUCCACUUUUCUGAUUUUGGUCUGCCAGAGGAUCUGACCACUCAAGCCACCAUCCGCAUGUUUCUUGACCUCAACCUGGUGCAGGACUUCAACAUUGACUACAGGAGUCUCUGCCAGUGGGUUCUGACGGUGAGACGAGGCUACAGACACAAUGUGCCUUACCACAACUGGAACCACGCCCUGAGCACGGCUCAAAGCAUGUUUGCAAUGCUCAUGGCCACCGAGCAGCUCCAGAACAUUUUCACCCGUUUGGAGAUCUUUGCAUUGAUGAUUUCCACUCUCAGUCACGACCUUGACCACCGGGGUGUCAGUAAUUCCUUCAUAGAAAGGACUCAGCAGCCUCUGGCUCAGCUGUAUGGACACUCCUCUCUAGAGAACCACCACUACAACCUGUGUGUCUUCAUCCUGAAAAACACUGGGAGUCAGAUCCUCAACGGUUUGUCCUCAGACGACCGCAGAACUGUCCUGCACAUGAUCAAAAGAGCCAUCCUCGCCACCGAUCUGACCGUCUACAUGGAGAGAAGGAAAGAGUUCUUUUCUCUUGCUAAGAAAAAGAGAGUGAACUGGAAAAGUGACAAACAAAGGGAUUUGCUGAGAUCAAUGCUGAUGACAGCCAGUGACCUCUCCGCCGUCACGAAGCCUUGGGCUGAACAAAAAAGAAUUACCAACCUGGUUGCCAUGGAGUUUUUUGCACAAGGGGACAAAGAAAAGGAAGAGUUCAAAAUCAAGCCCAUUCGUAUCAUGAACAGGGAAAACAGCACCCAGCUGCCAUACAUGCAGGUCGAAUACAUUGAUGAGAUCUGCUACCCUCUCUACAAGACUGUAUCAAGACUGUUUAACACCUGCUCUCCAUUGUUCAAUGGCUGUAAGAAGAAUAGAGAAAAAUGGCUGCAGCUUGCAAAGGGAGCAGAGGAUGAAGACAGUGAGAACAGCAGCAGUGUAACACUGGAGACGCACCACAGCAACGAUGAGGACACAUCGACGGCGGAGUCGAAGGACUGA